AUGUUAUCUUUUUAAGAGCUAAUUAAAAUUCCUUCUUAUGAAGAUAUAUUUAAAUUUUUUAAAAUACUAUCGUAAACCUAAAAAAUAAAAGUAAUAUCACUUUUAACUACUUAAAGAUUUUCACUAUAACAAGGAAUUAUUCACUUUUCUAUCCAAUAGAAGCUGAAAAUUAAAAAAAAGAAAUUCCAUGCUCAUAUUUAAAAUCACCUGCCUUAACCAAAAAAAAUAUCUAUUAUUUCCAUGUCAAUUGGGAAGAUCUAAAGCCCUCUUACAAUAUAAUAAACUAUCUUAGAAAUAAUAUGGGAAUAAAUAUAUUUUCAGUUGAAUAUCCAGGUUAAAUUUAUUAAGGGGAUUCAUCAGGAGAUAUUAUUAUAAAGAUGCAGAAUACAUUUAUAAGUAUUUAGAUUUUCAAAUAUUAUACUUAUAAGAAGAUCUAUAAGAACAGUAGUUGCUUACAAUUUAGAAUCACUCUUUAAAUCAGCUAUUUUUGUUUUCAUCUCUCCCUUCUUAUCCUUAUAAGAAAAUUUUGAAAAAAGUAUCCUUGAUUAUAAAAAAUGCUUAAAGAGAGCUUCACUAAUAAAGAAUAAAUACUUAAUGUAAAAUAAAUCACUGCAUGGACUAAAAGAUUCUAUUGUUUUAGUAGAAUAGGUUAAAAAAUUAUAUGCCACCAGAAAUGACUCAUACUAAAUUUCAAUUUGA